GUAGAGCUAGUUUGUUGAUCAGAAACUGUUCCGGGUCGCGGGCUUUCGUGUGGAAUACAGGUGAUAAUUAGUGGAAAUGAAAGUGCAGUUACCAUCUUGUCUGUGCCGAUAAACAUCUUGCCCAAGAACAAACUCGACGCCCCGCAGCAACGAUAGAGUGAUAGAGUAGAAGCCCCGAGCCAGAAGGAGUGUUGCAAGCAGCCAGUGUGCAAGUGAUCAGCGGUAUAAAAACGCAGAAAAUCCCGAUUGCCCGAUUAGCAAAAAUGUCACGCCUAUGUAUUUUCGCAGAAGCAGUGGAAAUGCGACGGGCUCCGUGUAGAGGUUAGGGCUUGUCCGCAGUUAUUAGGAAAAGGGUGUGAAAAGAGCAGUGCAUACACUUUAAGGAGCUAGCAGUUCGCAAAAAAUGAUUGUUCGUACAGCAACGGCUUUGAAAUAACUUUAAGCGGAGCUCGAAAAUAGAUGCUCCUUGGCCAGCCAUUGAAAUUCGCUGGUCGCUGCAUACGAGGAGGCGCUGCGUGGAAAAAUCAAUACUAAUAUAAAAAUUAACAAUGGCCGCUCGAUCGCUGCACGGGCACGGGAGGAGCUUUUUCGGCGAUUGGUCGUGGGGCUUCGUCCAAAUCGGCCAUGAACACAACUGAAGGCACCGAAAAUGUAUCUCCAAUAUCGUUCUUUAGACUACGCCUCAUAGAUAGACUGCAAAAUUUGCUGGGCGCCAAGCAUCGAAAAGAGCCGGAAGCGGCAGAGAAACGGGAGCAAAAUAGAACAAUUCUGUGGCAGCAACGACUGGGUCAGGGCGAAAAAACAUCCAAGCAUUGACGAGCUGCACAAAUCGUCCCCAAACCCGGGAAAAUAAUGAAUGAGGCGCCAUCAACGCAGCAACAAGGGUGAAGAACAACAUCACAUGGAAAAAUUGCUAUGCGAGUCGCUUCAGUUAACCCGGUAGAGAGAAGCAACACCGUCUGAUGUUGAUGGCACACCGCCGUUCUGGGUCAAUUUAUUGAUCGAUUAGAAACACAUAUUCGAAUCAAUCAAUCUGUCGUUCAACCGAUAGGCAGUGCAGGAAGGCAGGUGGUGGCUCAAUUUGGAACGUAUACGACGAACGAUUUUGUAUUAUCACACACCACACGCACAGAGGGACACAAAAUGCACGGCGUAAGGAAGCACAGGAAAGGAUCGCGACGCAAAGCCCUUGAAGAAGGCACAAGUGGCAUCCGCCGAGCUAUCCGCCCUGUAAAAUGUGUCCAAAGUUCGCUCAAAAGUCUACUUCAUUGUGAUUAUUUAAACAUUCCUGCGGAAAGUACUGCAAUACCAGCCACCAGACCCCCGGCAGCUACCCACGUCGUACGAUUAGUCACGGCCGCCAACAAUGGAACCGCCCAUAACACAGCAAGGAGCCCGAGUACUAACAGCAGAAGAUCACUAUUCAGCAGUCAGCUUACCACGAAUGCUAGGGCUCAGGAGAAUAAGGACUUUUGUGCCGAAAUUCCCGCACUAGAACAAUAUCAGCAGCAGCAGCAGCCGGUGUUCGCGGCAACGCACCACAGAAGCAGAACGAAAUUGAACAGAAGAUGUCUUGUUCAAACAUGUUUGGCCUUGUUCUUGAUAUUAGGGUGCUGUGAUGCAGCUAAACAAGAAGUUUUACAAAGUGGAUCGGGAUGUGCAUUUCCCAAACGAUGGGAAGGACAAUGGUUUCAAUCUGGUGUACAACAGCCAAUUACUAUUGAAGGUUCCACGUUAAGUACUAGAGGCCGGUGCAUCGCUAGCGAAGGCGAUAAGUUUUUAUUAGUCAAUGGCAAGGGAUGUCACCGGUGCGUUGUAAUUUAUCAGAAGCAUAUAAACAUACUACAGUAUAAAGAAAGUGAGUGUGAAGAUUUUUAUACAGGCCAGUUGAAUCCAGCUGCAAUGCCUAUUCAUAGCGUUUUAAAAAGUGAUCGGGGCUUAGCUCAUCCCAACAUGAACGGGCAUUCAAGAUUAUCGUCAUCGGAUCCGUAUAUGCGAUCCAAUGAAGAUAGCGACAAUUGCAUGGGAUGUAAGGGGCGUGAGACGCUACACUACCUUUGCGAACAAAUCCCGGGCGAUGCGCUGCUGUACAGUAUGUUUAAAAUUAAUCCAGAGCCAAUUAAAUGUCCACUAUCGGGAUCUUAUACUUUCACCUACAACCGAGGGCACGGAGAAUGCAGAAGCCCGGUGUCGAACAUGGAAAUGUGUACAGAAGACAGUAGAUUACUGCUAAGUUUUCAGGCUUGCCCUGACGUACCUGGGACCGAAAGCACCGUUGAAGAACUAACAUGCCUAGCAUGGUGGAAGGACGGUAAUUCGCGUUAUCUCGUAGGACUGGUUUCACAUCAUCACGCCACUUCGAACGAAGAACGGUUUAGAUGUUUCGUGUAUGAAAAACUGAGUGGUUCCGAUGCUGAAUACAAGCUGGCACAAUCGGGUGACGCCACGUGCAACGGUCUUGAAAGUGCAGAGGUGGGUUCUCGAAUAAUGACACUGAAAAAGGCCCCCAUGAUGGAUCGGUGCGACUUUCCUGUGUGGUUCAAGGGUCCUCGCUUUUGGCACGCACUUAUGGGAAGUGCCCAUUACGUUUUCGACGCCAGUGAUGGAUCACUGCACAUAAAAAAGCCCAAUGGCCAUACGGUUGCCCGUUCGCUGUGUGAGCAAAUCAACAAGCAAACAUCGUCCGAAAUGAUGGCUGUUGUCCAUCACACAAUGGGAUGCAAAUCUGGCUUCAUGUGCGUCAUGUUCUACAGGCGAGACACGCACGUCGCCGAGCUGCAAAUGGGAACUCCGACAGCUCGACUCGAAGAUGCGUGUACAACGGAAAACUUUGACGUACAUCGGACAUCAUACGUUACGCUGCUAGCCAAUAACUCCGAAACACAAAUCUGUCCUAUGGAAGGCCAGUAUUUGAUGAAAGGUUUCCUAACCCCAACUUCAUCCAUAUCGCGGCAUAAGCGAAAUCACAACAAUAAGGCACGUACUCACCGUCAUUGGGAUGUGGUCGGGUAUCGGAACCAGGAGAGCAUCAUUGGUAACGGCGGCAGCGGCAACAGUGGCGCGGUUGGAGGUGGUGUCAUUGGCGGUGCCUACAUGGGGUUAGAAGCGAAGCGUCGUUCCUAUCUGCCACGUACGCGACGCACAGUGGUCGACACCAGAAACGACACAUUCGCUGUGCACAAGGGACUUGAAGGAGACGUGCUGCGAUCACGAAGGGAAACGGCCGGAGGCUGUAACAUUAAUCACAGCACGAAUCGCCAUCUUCUGAUUGGUUGCAACGAAAACAGCAUUAUCGAAGUGAAACCAAAAUGUAAAAUCGACGACGAAGAGUUGUACACAUGCCAUGGCCACUGGCAGGAGAAUCAAACGACGUACAUCAUAGCUAAACACUCAAUCUCCCAACACGGCGUGUGCAUCAGCUACGUGCCAACCGAGGGCAAUCAAAUUCAAAUGUUCGUCGGUGACACUUGCCAUCGGGCCAAUAUGCAAGCGAGCAUGCAUAAAUUGAUCCCUACCAACGUCACCAGUAACGGUAAAUGUGGUGAAACGAGUGGUGCGAUCCGUCUUGGACACCAUUACAGUAACUGGCAGCAUUCGGUGAUCCUAGCGAUACUGCUCAUACGGUGCGUGUUGAGAUGAUCAGUUGCAACCGUUAACGGAAGCGAACCAGAGUAGAGUUGUGCACAACGCAGCGGCACCUUUCUGGUGUCGCGUGUGUGCAGGUGAUGAGUUUUUGUGUAUUGCGCACGCGAUGCGUGCGUAUCGAACGGCGGCGCCAAGUGUAAUAGUCAUAGUUAGAACGGUGAGGACAAGUAAUGAAUGCCUUGUACUGGCGUCGAACACACACACAAAACACACGACUUUUGCUAAAAAAACCAGACGGAUAAGGUCGUUGUGUACUAGCCGCAAGAGAAACGGCCUGCAGUCGCACACCCGGGCCGAAAUUAGUACAUCGACGAAAUGUACAAAGUGAAUAUGUAACUCAGCUAAAUUGGGAAUAAAAAGGCUAAAUUGUUUUUUAUUAUUAUUAUUUAUUUUAACUAGGUUCGUUUUACGUUGCAUUUUUAAAUAUCUACUUGUUGUGAUACGAAAAAAAACUACCAUACCACUUGCGGUAAACAGAAGCAAAAAGUACAGGCUAUAGUAAUCUAGGGAAAAUAUGUUGAACAUGGCCUGCAUCUUGUCGCCACUAUACUUUAAGGGAAUCGAAAUCGAGGCUGCCGGAAGUGUGGGGAUGAAUGAGUGCAACCAGUGAUGAUGUUUGUGUUCUCUGCGACCGCUGUUUCUCGUUUCUCGCGUAAAUGGUGAUUGAAAUAUGUAUUGCGCUUUGUAAAAAAAACCGGCAACGUCGUAGGAUUGAUGUAUUGGUUGGCUGGGCAGCCGGUCCGUUGGUGGCAUGCUUCAAGCUAUGAAAACUCAUUCGUGAAUUGGUUUGUAAUAGAUAUCAGAAUUGGUUUACUCGACCAUGCAAGAGGUGCUACGGGCGGGUACUUUCUGCCUGUUUGCGCCUCGUCCAAAAACCCAGAUGGAUUGAAUCGCUAAUUAAUUACAAUAUUGCACAUAUAUAUACACAAGCAAAACCAACGAAAACUAAAGUAAAUCAGCGAAAGGAAAGUCGGCUCAGCUCUCGGGAAGAGAGAACACGCGAGACAUGUUGAAAUAGGCGCGAAUUUGCUGCAAUUAAACGAUGUAGCGAAUGUAAAGCGAAAGAUGGCAAGAGGAGUUUGAACAUCGGCUAAAUAAUGCAGAAUAAUAAUCAUUCGUUUUGACUUAUGUAUCCAAGGUUUCCUAUAAAAAGUGAUUGUACAAUGGUAAACGAAACAAGCAAAACACAAAAAACAGAACUAUGCACUGAAAGAUUUGUGCAAAACGAGAGGCAGCGUCGUCAUUGCGGAGUAGCAAGCAAGAACACAGAAAUGAGACAAGAGAAGAACGAAAAAAACUAUAUAUACAUAAUUGAUAAGAUGAGAUAAAUAUUAGAAAAGACGCAACAGGAAUAUGACACCGACCGGUGACAGUGGGGCUGAAAGUAAUCUAGUAAAAUCUGUGCAAAGGGAAAGACAAACACAACAGCGUGACCACGGUGUUUUGGUAAAACAAGAAAAGACGAAACUGGAACGACAAUUUUUAAGCCCGCAGGCAAAGCGGAAAAUACCAUGCAGUUAAUGAAAACAAGUACACACACACCACAUACACAGUGGCACAGAAAGUACUCUAGGCUUUUUAAAUUAAAUUAUCAUAAAACAACAAAUUACUAAGAAGAUCUGAUAUUUUUUGUGUAAGUACUCGAUGAAGUGUGACGCGUCGAUGAUGAAGGCAAAACGAAAACACUGGGAACGACAAAACGACAGUGACCGUGAGAGGGUGAAAGUAAAACCUAAAACCAACUAAA